CUGAAUACAAAAACCUUCUCAAAAUCUCUUCUUCAUCAGCAACAAAAAAAACCCCAAAUUAAUCAUCAAAAACGCAACAAAAAAUCAAUGGAUUCAACGCCGAUCUCUCAGCCGUCGGAGCGCCGCACCAAAUCCGCCUCGCGGCUGUCGAAGCUCCGCCACUACAGCGGCGGGGGAGCCAUCCCUCAGCUCUCCCUCGAAAUCGUCCCUUCGUCGCCCAAAAUCUCGACUCCGUCGCCGUCGCCGGCAUCGACUAUCUCUCCCCCACCGCCUUACACUCUGCAGCUGCAGGAGCUUCUCGCGCUCUCCCCCUCGCCUCUCAAGAGAUCGAAAACCGCCGCCGCCGCGGGCGACGAUUCCCCCCUCGAGGUCAGGAAGAGGUGCAAGAGCAGGGCCUCCGCGUCCGGAUGCGGCGUCUCGCCGCGGAGCGGCCGGAGAUCGAGGCGGAGGCUGGAUCAAGACGAGAGGGAGAUCGCCGCAGGUGAUGAAGUAUUGGCCAAGCCGAGGAAGAAGAGGCAAUCUAGAAAGGAGAAAUUGAUUUCUUCCUCUUCUUCUCAAAUAGUCCCCUCAAACAAAGCAAUUGAUAGUGAGAGCUACAAUCUCGAUGAAAUCGGUGCGAUCAUAAACGAUUUGGUUAUGUGGAAAGAUGUCUCGAAAUCAAGCCUCUGGUUCGGCUUCGGCACGCUCUGUUUCUUGUCUUCUUGUUUCACAAAGGGCGUCAACUUUAGCAUUUUCUCAUUCCUAUCUCAAGUGGGGUUUCUGUUCUUGGGAAUUUCAUUCAUGUCCAACUCCGUGAGGCAAAGACUAUACAGGGAGGGGGCGGAGACGACGAAGCGCGACUUCAAGUUGAAAGAAGAUGAUAUUUUGAGAAUUGGGAGAUUAAUACUUCCAGCUGCAAAUCUUGUGAUCUCGAAAACCAGAGAGAUUUUUUCAGGAGAGCCAGCCAUGACCCUUAAAGUAGUUCCAUUCUUGCUUGUGGGAGCAGAGUAUGGCCAUCUUAUUACCCUAUGGAGAUUGUGUGCUCUUGGAUUUUUUGUUAGCUUCACCGCCCCGAAAUUAUGCUCCGCUUACUCUCUUCAAUUAUCCAAGAAAGUUGAAUAUGUGAAAAAUUGGGCAAUGGGUGUGUGGGGAAGCUGCACGCACAAGAAGAUCGUGGCGGCGUCGGCGGUGACGGCCUUCUGGAAUCUAACAUCCAUCAGAACUCGAGUAUUUGCUGUAUUCUUGUGUCUUGUGGUAUUCAGAUAUCGCAGACAGCAUGCAGCCGACGAGAAACGGGAUGCUGCGGCCAACGACGCAAAGGCAGCGGCCGAGGAGAAACAGGAAAAGCAGGAAGAGGAGAAGGCAAUAGUUGCAGUAGAAAUUGAAUCCAAGAAGUGACUUAACACACAAUUGAUCUUGUAGAAAGCUAAAUGUUGUCGAGAUCAGAAUCUAUGAUACUGCUGUUGUAACGACAUGUUUAUAUCGAAUAAUAAUACUAAUAUGUCUUAUGUUUUACUAUAAAA